AUGGAGACUUUGUUGAUCUUACUGGGUAUCGACAUUAUUGCGGUGUUUUACCCGGUGCCUCUUGUGGCUAUGAGAAAGCGGGAAAGAGCAAAAAGGUCGAUCUUUGACUCAGGCCGUACACCUGGACCAUGGAGCUCAAGUAGGUACAAAGUUGUAUCCGUGGGUUACCCAACAGUUGCGGCCAAGCGACGAACUUCCUCGCCACUUCUCCGCAUAUUUCUCAAACAUGGUCGUGCCCAAGAUUUAAGUUUGGGGGCGCGAAGACUUCAAUCUAAGGAUGCCCUUGAGAGGCGAUUCUGUGCUCAGGCCCUGCACACCUACAUAUAUUUAAUCACCGACAAGACAUCACUCGGAGAUCCUGGUGCUAUGACAGCCACUGCACCCGUGACAACCCUUCACAUAACCAAUGAGUCGCAAUGA